AUGACUGUCAUACUUUAAUUAAAAAAAGGGUCUGGAGCUUAAGGAGCUGUGUACUAAGGUUUUAUCAAAAACAAGAAUGAAUAAGUGGCGAUAAAAAUAAAUACAGAAUUGAGUGAGCGAGAGAGCUAAAUUUUAAAUUUCAUCAAGAUAUAAAAAUAGAAACAUCUUAUAAGAAUAGAUGCAAUUGAAAAUUAUCAAAAUUAAGUAAUCAUUGUAAUGGAAUUGGCUGAAAUGGAUUUUUAUUAGUUUAUGGCUACAGAUCAGUUUAAAGCAACUAGUAUAGAAGAGAGAAAUUAGUUUUUUUACCAAGUACAUUAACUAUUUAUUUAGAUGAUAUAAGGAGUAUAAGAAUUUCAUAAUUUAGGGUACUUUCAUAGAGAUUUAAAACCAGAAAAUUUUGUGCUUUGUCGUAAUUAAAACUAAAAUUUGGUCAUAAAAUUAAUUGAUUUUGGCAUAUCUAAAUAAUAAGAAGAUGGUCUUUAAUCAAUGAAAGUAGGAACCCCAUUUUAUAUGACUAAAGAAAUUCUUAAUAAUGAAACCUAUAGUAAAUCCAUUGAUGUUUGGGCAUUGGGGUGUAUUUGGUAUGAAAUACUGACAGGAAAAACAUUUAUAGAAGGUAAUAAUGUUUAAUAAAUUAUUCUUUACAUCAACGGAGUUUCAUAAGUUGAGAUUGAUUUUAAAAUCGAUUAACUCAAAAGGAUUUAAAAUGAAUAGAAAGAAAUUUUGAAAUAAAUGAUUUGCAUUGAUAAGAACAAAAGAAUUUCUUUAGAUGAUGCCAUAAAAAAAUUAAAUGAAUUCUUUAAGAAAAAUGAUAUAGAAAAAAUCGAAGCAGAACUCAAAAAGGAAUAUGAGGAAAAGGAAAAAUAAUUGAAUCUGGAGAAAUAGAAGAAAAUUGAAGAACUUCAACAACAACUUGAAUAAGAAAAGGAAAUUUAGAUUUAACUAUAUUAGCAAUAGCUAAAAUCUGAAUAUGAUUAAAAAAUUCAAAAGAAGGAAAUUGAAUUAAAAAAAAAUCUAGAAUUGAAGUAGGGUUAGGAUAAGGAAAAUAGAGAAUAAUAAUUAUUGUAAUAGACUAUUUCAUAUCAAAAUGAAAUAAACUAAUUUAAAACAUAAUGUGAAUUGGAUUAUAAAUAAAAAUUAAAUGAGCAAAAAUAGAGAGAGAGUUUGGAGAAAAAAUAAAAAAUAGAAAAUGAAGAAAUGAAGAAAAAAAUUAAUGAAUAAGCCAAAUAAUAAUACGAAAUAGAAUUAAAUAAGAUAUUAAAACAAUAAUAAUUAGAGGCUGAUAAUUAAUAGAAAAAAGCACAAUUUUAAAAUAAGAGGCAAUCUUAUGGAUAAGUUCUUUCUCUAUUAAAAGAUUCUAUUUAAAAUGCUAUUUCAACUAUGAAUUAAUAAAAAUAAAUAAUAAUCGAAGUAUAAUUAGAGAACUAAGAUAAAUAAUAUUUGUUAAACUCGAUUUAAAAAUUUAUAAAUGAUAAGGAACAGGAAUUAAAUUAAUUAUAUUAAGAAUAGGAGAAUUUUAAUUCUUUAGAUGAAAAUGUAUAAUUUUCCAAGUUUGUAGAAUUGGAAACUCGUUAUAAAAACUAAAUUUAAAUACAUAGUGAAGAAAAAAGUAUUGUCGAUAUCUAAAUUUAUAAAUUUAUGGCUGAUUAAGUAAAAAAAUAAGAAUAAAUGGCUAAUUAUGUUAAAAAAUAAGAAUAAAUGGCCAGAGAAGAGAGGCAGUUGCAGGAGGAAUAAAAAAAUAAAUAAGAAAUGAAAAAUCUGAAUUUUAAAUUUCAAAUGUUAAAUAAUCAAUAUAUUGAAUCAUAAAAAUAAAUUCAAGAAAUUAUGAAAAUAUGUGAAAAUUAUUUUUAAUACAACCAAACAAUUACAAAUAAUUUUCAGAGGUUAAAAGACAAUUCAAAUUAAAUUGCUUCAAGAAUCAACUAUGUCCAAUAGUAUUUAAAUUCAACAUAAAUGGUUACUAUUGAGUAAAUUCAACUAAUAAAAUUUGAAAUAUAAGAAAUUCAGAAAUAAUUUUAAACCUUGGAGGUGAAUAUUAUAUCAGUCAAUGAAUCUAUUUCUAUUUAUGAAUAAGAAUAAAAAAAAUAAAUGCAAUAAUAUUUAGGAUAAAUUUAAGACAUAGAAUACAAAAUUCAUAUUUAAAUACAAUAAUACAAUUUAACCAAUAAUACAAUCUUAAUUCAACUACAAGAGAAAUAAUAGUUAAUGAAACAACUUUCUUAAAAGUUAGAUAAUUUAAUUAUAAGUAAUAUUUCUGAGUCAAUCAAAGAGUUUAUGGAAAUUUAGUAGAAAUAUGAAGAAAUAAAAUCCUAAGUAAGAAAAUUAGCAGAAACAUUGUAAAAUGAAUAAUUGAGUCUGACUAAAAUUAAAUUAAUUUCUGAAGAAUAAAAAAAAUUCUAAAAGGAAUUAGAAACAAAGUCAAAUAAUUAUCAAUAAUAAAUAGAUGAACUUGUAUUUCAAUUAAAUCCAAUUUAAUAGAAUUGCAAUUAAUUGCAAAAUAAAGAAAUUAUAUAACUUUUAAAUACUAGAUUUUAAGAACUAAAUUCUUUGAAAAAAGAUGCCAAAUACCAAUUUGAUGGUUUAAUAUAAGAAUCUAAAUAAAAUUUAAAAACUUAAUAAGAGCUAAAUUAACUAAAGGAAAAAGGUAAUAUCUUUUUUUCAGAAUUAGUGGGAAAAAAAGAUUAGUAUCAGAUAUAAAUAAUAGAGUUAAAUAGGAUAUAUGAUUCAAUUUUUAAGUCGGAAUAAGAUAAUAAGUUAAAAGAAAUAUUUUAUUCUUUGGAACUUUUAAUAUUAACACUUUAAGGCUAACAUAAACUGAUUUAUACUUACAUUUAAAACUUGAAGACUAUAACUAUAAUGAAAUUGAGAAAUAAUAUAUAACAAAAAUUUUACAAAAAAGCUUACGAUGAAAAUGAUAGUGUAACUAAGGUUGAGGAAUAAAAGUUAGAUUAGAAUAGUUUCUUUAAAGACCAUACAAAGAGAUACCUAAAAGAGAAAAGUCAACAAUUUUUUUCUAAAUUAAAAGAAAUUAUUAAUGAGAUUGAUAAACAAAAAUUAAAGAUUCAUUUUAUAGAAGUCGAAAAGGAAUAAAAAAUCUAAAAUGAAUGGUUAGUAAAAUAACAAUUAAUAAUGUAAUUAAAUCCAAAAUUACUUCUAUUACAAAACAAAAUUAAUUGGGCUCUCACCAAAAAUUCUUAAGAUAUCGAUAAAUUAAGCGAAGAAUUUAAAAAAUUAUCGAUCGAGGUCGAUACGCUGUUUCAUACAAUCCCAUCAAAAGAAGAUAUUAAUACAUUUUAAGUAAAUUUUAAUAGAAAUAAAAAAUCAUUUAUGAUUACAUGUUUACUAAUUAUUAUACUUAAGGCUUUUAAUUUUCAAAGGUAUGCUAUAAGGCUUAAAGAGUUCUAAGAAACACAACAAUAUAAGUAGGAGAAAAGAAAGGUAUAACUAAAAAAAUAAAUAGUUGAAAAAAAAGAAAAUACUGAAUCUGCUAAAAUUGAAUUACAAAAAUUAGAAUAAAAAAAGAAUACUACUAAUCGAGAUGAAAAUAAAGAAAAAGUAAUUGAUGCCUAGAACAUAAUGGAUAAAUACAAAUCAUGGUUAUAAUCUGAAGAACUCAUCAUCAAUAUUGAGGAAUAUAUAAAAGAUGAAACUAAUCUUGACACAUAAACAAAAGCAAUAUAAACUCAAAUCAAUACGUAGAAUAAUGUUAAAUUAAAAGCAACUAUAAAGGAUUAAAAAUUUAAUAAAGAAUUUAGUAGCGAAUUUUAUGAUCAAUUAGAAUAUUGUAGAACAUUAGGAAUUUUAAAAAUGUAGAAAUUAUUUUACAAUGAGUAUUUUUGA